UUAGGAAGAAGAUCUUCUGUAACAUCGAUUCUCAGUUUGAUCGAAGUUGUGAAAAGGAUAAGAAGAAAUCCAAGUCAAUCUUGUAGUUAAAAGAAUCAAUCUUUUGUCAGGUUAUACCAACAUAGAAAAGAGAACUUAAAGAAUUCGCAUGUCCAGUAUCGAGAAUUUGAAAACUCAAAAUCCUUUCGACGACGCGUCAAAGGGAGAUGAUCAUGCUUCUCAAGUUGAAGAUGUACACGUAAGAAUUCAACAACGCAACGGCCGAAAGGUUUUGACUACAAUUCAAGGCAUUGCUGAUGUUUAUGACAAGAAAAGGCUUGUGAAAGCUUUUAAAAAGAAAUUCGCUUGCAACGGCACAGUCGUGGAUCAUGCAGAAUAUGGAGAGGUAAUCCAACUGCAGGGAGAUCAGCGUACAAAUGCCAAAGAUUUUCUUCUCCAGAUCGAACUGGUCAAACCGGACCAACUAAAAGUUCACGGAUUUUAAUGAUAUUAAUUUCUACCAUCCUCUUGUUUUACCAAUAUUGCUUGUAAAUACCUCCCUUGACCAAAAUUAGAUAAAGAUUCUAUCCUAGCAAGCUUACUUUAAAGAAAAUGCAGGAGAAAAUGCCUCUAGGAGUCCUGUUUUAGAGUUCCAUUAAUCUAAAAUCAAGCUGUAAUUUUUUAGCAAAUUACAUAUGAAUAACAUACAAGAAAAGCCUAUCAAAAACUCUCCUUAUUUUUUUUGUUAGCUUUCUUUGUAUAUAACUAGGGUUUUUCUUCAAACAGCUACCACUCUUUUGAAGCAGGCUUCUUAGAGGUGUUCACUCCUGUAAUCAGAAGGACCAACUUGCAUGUUUGAGAGAAUAUCUCUAGUGCGUGAUAUUAAUAGAUUGUUUAUUUUAUUAGAAGUAUUAAAGAACAGAUGUAUAUGAAUAUUAAUUGAAUGAAGAGCAUCAACCAAUAUUGCUGUCAGAGCUUAUCAAUCAAAUACUUUAAUUUCUUUACCUAAGAUUUAGUUUUGUAUUUUUCAUUUAGCUAGUCUUCAUUUACUGCUGUAAGUUCAGUUUCAUCAAAACCUCUUGCUUAUAAUAACAAAUAAACAACUAUAAGCCAUU